AUGACCUGGAGAGCAAGAAUUGAUCUGCUGCUUGUGCUGAGCCUCACUGUGGUCAGAGCCCUGCCUAGAAGCUCCCAGGACACAGAGGAGGGAUCCAGCAUUGCCCAACGCUUUGCUCAGCUGCAGGAGGAGAAUUUCAAAGCCAUUGCCAUGGUCAUGUUUGCUCAGUAUGUGCAAGGAGGCUCCUUUGGCAAAGCAGUGAAAAUGGCUGAGGAUGUCACAGCCCUUGCCAGAAGCUGUACUGCUGGGGGCAGGGACAACCCAGAGUGUCUGAAGCCCUUGGACAGGAUUUUCCUCAACACCAUAUGCCAGGAGGAAGACCUGCCCAGGCUCUCUGAGUGCUGUGCUAAAAAGGACCCUGAAAGACAUGACUGCUUCCUCUCCCUGAAAAACUCCUCCAGAGCUUUCACUUCUCCUUUUGACAGCCCAAAUGCUGAAGCUGCCUGCAAAAACUACUCACAGCAUCCACAGCCAUUAACAGCACACUUUAUCUACGAGGUUUCCAGGCAGCAGCCUUUCCUCUACGUCCCAAGCGUCCUGGCCGGGGCUGCCCGCUAUGAGGAGAUGAUGAAGAGCUGCUGCAGGGGCACUGGGGCCCCCACUCCUGACCCACAGGAAUGCUUUCAGAGACAGGCACCAAAGGUGAUGAAGCCAAUAAAAGAAGAAGGCCUGAGGCAGGAACACACCUGUGGGAUCUUGGAGAAGUUUGGAGAAAGGACCCUCCAGGCCCUGAAACUUGCUCAGAUAAGCCAAAAAUUCCCCAGGGCUGACUUUGGCACUGUCAGCAAGCUGGUGCUGGAUGUGGCUGCCAUGCACAGGGCCUGCUGCCGUGGGGCUACGCUGGACUGCAUGAGUGCCAGGGAGGAGAUCCUGCACUACGUCUGCACCCACCAAGACAUCCUCUCGAGUAAAAUCCAGCAGUGCUGUGAGAAGCCUCUGCUGCAGAGAAGUGAAUGCAUCAUUCAUGCAGAGAAUGAUGACAAACCUGCAGGCCUGUCCCCCCACGUCAGGGAGUUCAUAGAGGACAAGAGAAUGUGUCAGCAGUUUGCCCAGGAAAAGGAUAAACACUUAGCCAGGUUUCUGUAUGAGUACUCCAGGAGACACCCUGAGUUUUCUGCUCAGAUGCUUCUAAGAAUCGGGAAGGGCUACGAGGAGCUGCUGAAAGAGUGCUGCAGGAGUGGGGCCCCAGAGAACUGCUGCAGCAGAGGGGAGGAGGAGCUGAAGAAGCACAUUUAUGAGACUGAGAGUGUGAUGAAGUCAAGCUGUGACAUUUACAAGGAGAAAGGGGAUUACUACUUCCAGAAUGAGCUUCUCAUGAGCUUCACCAAGAAGAUGCCCCAGCUGACAUCUGCAGAGCUGAUCAAGUUCACCAAGCAGAUGACCACCAUUGGCUCCAAAUGCUGCCAGCUGAGCCAGGAGAAGCUGCUGCCUUGUGCUGAGGAGAAUCUGGAUCUGGUGCUUGGAGAAAUAUGCAGAAGGCACCUGAGGGAUCCUAUCAACCCAGGAGUCUGCCACUGCUGCAGCAGCUCCUACUCCUUCAGGAGGCCCUGCCUGGGGAAGCUGGAGAUGGAUGAGACUUUUGUGCCCUUGUCCUUGACUCCUGGGCUCUUCACCUUCCAUGAAGACCUCUGUACCAGCCAGGAGGAGAAGCUGCAGCACAGGAAGCAGGAGAUGCUGAUCACCCUGCUCAAGUACAAGCCCCAGAUCUCCCAGGCACAGCUGGCCUCAGUCACCGCUGCCUUCGCCACCAUGAGGGAGCAGUGCUGCAGGGAGAGCAGCCCAGGGGCCUGCUUCCAGACACAGGGUCCAGAUCUGAUAAAAAGAAGUGAGAAGCUGUUGUCAGCAUGA